AUGGACGCAUGGUUGGCUUUACGGGAAUCGUUCUUGGAGCGCCUAAUCGAGCUUGAGGGUCCAAGAGAGAAGCGGAAUUGUGCCGAUUGCCGAGCAGAGUGGAGCCCGUGGCGCUGCAUUGAAUGCGUCGGCUCACCCAGUUUGUGCACCGACUGCUGUCGCCGACGACACGCAGCGAGUUAUUUGCAUCCCAUAGAGAAAUGGAUCGCUCAAGAGGCGGAUGAGGCAAAUGUACGCUUCUUCUCGGACACAGACGGCAACGACAAUAGCGACGACGGUGAAGCGGCGGACCCCAUCCAGCAAGGCCCAAUUGAAUCAGAGGAGGUCGCCAUGUAUGGCGGCACCCAACCAUGUAAGCGGAUUACAGUGGUCGACAUCACCGGCGUGCACAGCAUACGGGUUUCUCCAUGUGUAUGCCACACUGCUGAGCCUGAGGCUAUGCAGCUUCUCUCCAUAGGGCUCUAUCCCGCCUCUGUCCUUGCACCCCGGACUGCUUUCACGUUCCGGGUACUCAACGACUUCUUGCUGGCCAACAAGAUCUCAGGGAGUGCUGCCGAGAGCUACUAUCAGCGUUUGCGCCGCCUGUCGAACCCCGCGUUUCCUCAAGCCGUGCCUGACCGCUACCGCGAGCUUCUGCGUGUCAGCCGACAGUGGCGAAACCUCAAAUAUCGCAAAUGGAAUGGCUUUGGUCACGAACGAGGGCCAGUGGGUCCCGGUGAGCUUGCGCUGGGAUGUGUGGCCUGUCCAAUGCCCGGAGUCAACCUCAAGGCAGGUUGGGAACAGGAUCCCGAUCGGUGGAAGUUUAUGCAGACGUUUGUCAUGGACGGCAACUUCAGCGCCGAGCAUCUGAAGAUGCGCUGCCCCGCGGAUGAUGUAGCCAUCGGUGACGGGCAUGGCUUCAUGGUGACAGAUGCACCGUACAAGAAUCACCUCCAGGGCACAUUGGAACAACGAGAGCAAUCAAGCUGUCACGCUCAUCGUGCCGUCAAUCAAGCCAAUGCCGACCGCCAUGACAUGGAAGCUACAGGCAUUGGCGCAGUUGCCUGUGGGCGACAUGGUUGCUUCAUCCCUCAUGCGGUGGUGGAUUUCCAGAAGGGGGAACGACAAAUGAACAUGGAUUAUGCGCUUUCCCAGGCGCUACGGCACCACACAGGCAUCCAAACGUUUCUUAUCAUGUACGACAUCGCAUGUCAGUACAGCAAGAAGGUCCUGGCGAGGUUUGCUCAGGGCGCGCACCUCAGCUGGCCUGAGGCGGCUGACAUAUUUUGGGGAAUUGGCCUGUUCCACAUCCAUGGCCACCAGCGCGACUGUUUACCAAAGUACUCGCCUUCAUUCAUUCCUGGCGCUGGACAGGUAGACGGCGAGAUCAUCGAGACAUUAUGGGCCCCGCUCAAUCGGAUAUCGGGCAGCACACGCGCCAUGGCAACAUCUCAUAGGAAAGAGGUCAUCGACGACCAUAUGAAUGACGCCAAUUGGCGAAAGACAAUCGGCAUGGUGAAGAUGCUGUCUCGGAGGUUCAUCCAGGCUGAGAAGCAACAGGAGCUGUGCCAAGAGCUGCUACAGGAACUCGAGGAGUCUAGUGACGCAGAACUGUUGGCCAAAUGGAAGGAGCUUGAGAUGAGAGCGCGGAUGGAGAGAGGACGAGAUCUGUCGGUCAUGGAGUCCUAUGAGGUCACCCAAGAGAAAGCCCCUGGUAAGAAGCAAAUGCAGCUUCUGCUUGAACAAGAGGAGGGCAAACAGAAGGACAGCCCCGGAUCUACGUCAUGGCUGGCGGAGGGAAUUUUGAUCCAGGAGCAACAGCUCGCUGUAAGCGCGCUGGCACGAAAGCUGAAGAAGCACGCCUUACUGGCGGACAGACUCCAGCUUGUGGAGAAGCGCAACAAAUUGAAGCGAGCGGUGGAUCGCUUUUCGAGCAAAGCAGCUGGCUACUGGAAGCAGGAAGAUGAUGAGGAGGCAGACGAUGAAGCGGCCCGACACCCUGGGGCCUACGCCGGAGAGGAAUGGGAGGAUCUUGAAGAGGAACCUGAUUUGGGCGAGGAUCGCAUAGUGAUGGAUGAACCUGAAGAUGAGAUAUUGCCGGAGUCCAUCUCACUUCUGCUGCCAUCGACAUUGGGGAAGGUGAGGUUGGAAGAGCUGGGGAAGGUCGAGAUGGGUCGUCGGGAGCUCCGCCUGAGGGAGGGUCAGGCAAACGAUGCCCUCCACCGACUUCGUAUGGCCCUCGGCAUGAAAUCCGUUCUAUUCCGCACAAAGGUUCGCCUCGCUAACAGCCAAAGGACGAAGACGAGAGCAUACAAGGACGUCAGUGGAGUGACGAAGGUCAUCACAGAGUGCGCCCGCCUGUACACCUUGGCUCGAACGGGCAUGACACGGCAAGUGUUUCGUGAAUGGCUGAAGACGCUGCCACCACAGCUGCAGCGAUACCGACCUCUGACUAAAGAAGAUCUCAAGACGACGACACACUUGCUAGACCACACAGAGCGGAAAAGCCGUCACAAAGAGCUAUCGUGGAUAUGGGCAGUCGAUGUGGGAGGGGAUACGGAGAGCUCAGAGUGGCUAACAGAACUGCACCGCGUGAACUGGCUGCGAGAGAAGGCCAAGUGCGACCGCUGGCGAGAGCAGCUGGUCCUGGUGGGUGAGGAGAUGCAACAGACGGCCCGCUCAUUCGAGUUCAAGGCCCGUCAGUGGAAGAUGCGGUGUCACGGGAGUUCAGGACACCAAGCAUAUGCGCGGCGACAAGCGGCGCUGUGGCUCAGUCUAGCAGCGGAUGCCCGUGCAGCCUACACAAAGCUGGCCACUUGA